UAGCCCUUGUCACGUGGUAGACUUUUAACUCCUGGCCUGUUCCCUCCAAUUUCUUCUCCGAUUCUACUCUUUAUUAUUUGUUGGCCAUGAGUGAGGGCAGACUAGUCAAGAUGGAGGUCGAUUACUCGGCCACAGUCGACGAAGUCUUGCCAGAGUGUCAGGAAUUGGCCAAGGCUGGAGAAGUUAAGAAAGCAUUCGAGAAACUUCUCUCAGUGGAAAAGAAAACAAGAAUGUCGGGUGAUGCUCUCUCAACUGGGCGUGUUCUAAAGACUAUAGUCCAGCUGUGCUUUGACCUAAGAGACUGGGACUCACUCAAUGAGCAUAUAGUCCUGCUGUCAAAAAGAAGGGCACAGCUCAAGACUGCUGUGGCGGCUAUGGUCGAAGAGGCCUGCAAACUUGUUGAUCAAACUCCGGACAAAGAUACAAAACUGAAGCUCAUUUCGACACUUCGAACAGUAACAGAAGGAAAAAUAUAUGUGGAAGUACCAAGAGCAAGACUAACCAUGGAAUUAGCAAAGAUGACGGAAUCUGACGGCGACAUUUCUAAAGCAGCCGACAUUCUUCAAGAGCUACAAGUUGAGACCUACGGCUCAAUGGAACGAGAAGAGAAGGUCUUGUUUGUCAUAGAACAGAUGAGGCUCUGUCUAGCAAAGAAGGAUUACAUCAGGGCUCAGAUUAUUAGUAAAAAAGUUAGCACUAAGUUUUUCCUUGGCGAUACCGAGACUAUACAGGAUUUAAAGCUCCGGUAUUAUCAUCUAAUGAUCCAAAUGUGUCAGCAUAGCAAAAGCUAUCUUGACAUUUGUCGUCAUUAUCGUUCUAUAUUUGAUACGCCUAAAGUCCAAGCUGAGGAACAAGCCUGGAAAGAGGCAUUAAAGAAUUCAGUCCUCUAUGUAUUACUUGCACCUCAUAAUAAUGAACAAUCCGACCUACUUCAUCGAAUUUAUGAAGAGAAGAAAUUGUCUAUGAUACCACUAUAUAAAACUUUAAUGGAGUGCUUUCGUAGGCAAGAGCUCCUCAAUUGGAGUAUGUUUCAAGCCUCAUAUACUGCUGUGCUAAGAGAAGGCUUACCUGAAGAGCCAGCAACUGGUGUCUUUGCUGUUGGUACUGAAGAAGGUGAUAUGCACUGGAAAGACUUUGAAAAGAAACUUAUUGAACAUAAUCUGUGUGUACUAGCUAAAUAUUAUACCCGAAUCUCCCUAUCAAGACUAUCUCAGUUACUAUUACUCAAUGAACAGGAGUCUGAAGUAUACAUUUCAGACCUGGUAACCAAGAAGACUAUAUACGCACGUAUCGACCGGCCGGCUGGUGUUGUUAGUUUUUCACAGACCCAGGACCCCAGCGAGAUACUGAACGAAUGGUCGACAAACCUGUCUAACCUGAUGACAUUGGUCAGUAAAACGACUCAUCUUAUUAAUAAAGAAGAAAUGGUCCAUAGAUUGGUCAAAUGAAACUAGUUUUUUGUGUUUAUUUAUCUCUUUCUCUUUGCUUCUUUCUCUCUCUCUCUUCACCUGUCACUCAUAAUAAUAAUAAUAAUGUUAUUAUUAAUAGGAAUGCUGUAUUUAAUUAAUAUGUUAUUAAUUAUUUUGGUAAUGACUCAAGAAAGAUAAA